UGUCCUGAAUGUGGGAAAUGUUUUAGUCAGAAAGCAUAUCUUUGUAAACAUCUGAUAACUCACACAGGAGAGAAGCCAUUUUCAUGUCCUGAAUGUGGAAAAUGUUUUAAUCGUGAAUCAUCUAUUAAUGUACAUCUGAGAAUUCACACAGGAGAGAAACCAUUUUCAUGUCCUGAAUGUGGGAAGUGUUUUAGUCACAAAUCAAAUUGUGAUGCACAUCUGAUAACUCACUUAGGAGAGAAGCCAUUUCCAUGUCCUGAAUGUGGGAAAUGUUUUAAUCGUAAAUCAUCUCUUAAUAUACAUCUGAGGAUUCACACAGGAGAGAAGCCAUUUUCAUGUCCUGAAUGUGGGAAAUGUUUUAAUCAGAAAACAGAUCUUUGCAAACAUCUAAGAAUUCACACAGGAGAGAAGCCAUUUUCAUGUCCUGAAUGUGGGAAAUGUUUUAAUCAGCAAUCAGAUCUUUGUAGACAUCUGAGAACUCACACAGUAGAGAAGCCAUAUUCAUGUCCUGAAUGUGGGAAAUGUUUUAGUCAGAAAGCAGAUCUUUGUAAACAUCUGAUAACUCACACAGGAGAGAAGCCAUUUUCAUGUCCUGAAUGUGGGAAAUGUUUUAGUCAGAAAGCAGAUCUUUGGCAACCAAAUAGAAGUCAGCAAUCUUGCUGCAAGGGCUCUGAAGACAAAGAAAACCCAAUGCCUCCCUGA